AGUUGUCUCACUAUUUGGCUAUAAUUUUCGAACCAUCUCGAUACGCAUAGACGGCUUCAGAGUAGUAGUGCAGUUGUGGUCUGAAUCCAAACAAAGGGAGAAAACUCUCAUGAAUAAGUCAAGGUCAAAGCCGACAAAAUGGCUUCACAACAAGUCGUACGAAAGGGUUUAAAAGAAGUAAAACCCAUUUUGUCUAUUGAUUUACAUGAUAGUAGACGGCGGGUCAUUCAGCUGUACAAAGCCUGGUACAGACAGCUUCCUUUCACAGCAAGAGAAUACUAUGUUCCUGUAUCCUUAGAACAAUAUAGAGCCAAAUUAAGAGAAGAGUUUGAUAAGAAUAAACAUUUGACAGAUAUAAGAGCUAUUGAUAUUGCUAUUAUCAAGGGUCAAAUGGAAUUAGUUGAAACUAUGAAAAUCUGGAAACAGAGGAACCAUAUUAUGACUUAUUUUAAAGAUACAGAACCUGUCAAACCUAAAGACUUUCUUUCGAAAUUUUAUGAUGGACAUGAUUAAACUAAAUAUUUGAUAGUAUGGAUGUAUUUCAAGUUUCUUAUUGGUUUUCAGUGCAUACAAAACGUGUAAAAAUAGAAUAAUUGUUAUGUGAUAUAAAGCUUUUGCUAUCGUAUAAUACUUAAUGUUUUCAUUGGCAACUUCUGUUUCCCUGGUUUAAUGAGAUCAAAGCUAAUUAUGUAAGAUCCAUUUUAUGGUAAGGAUGAUUCGUGAAAUUGUGAUACACUACUAGCCUGUCUGUUUCACUAUCCCCAUAUUUUGUUCUUGUUAUCAAGCAGAGGGUCCUUUUUGUGGAAGAAAUCUUGUUGGAUUACUAUCAGAAAAAGAAUAAACUAACAGAGACUCU